AUGUUUGAGAAGGUGCGCAGCAUGGACCUGAGGGAGGAGAACACCCGCAGCUCAAAGCUCGGGCACAAGGAGGGCAAGGACCCCAGGGACCCCCAGCCGGGCAUCCCUAACCUGAAGGAGCAACAGGCACAGGGCACCUACCCCCUGAGCGCGGGAGCCUCCGAGCCCUGCUCCAAGAGCAAGAGCACAGACCCGGACUACUGCCGGAGGAUCCUGGUGCGAGAUGCCAAGGGUUCCAUCCGAGAGAUCAUUCUACCCAAAGGCCUGGACCUGGACCGACCCAAGCGGACCAGGACCUCGUUCACCGCCGAGCAGCUCUACCGCCUGGAGAUGGAGUUCCAGAGGUGCCAGUAUGUAGUGGGCCGGGAGCGAACCGAACUGGCACGACAGCUCAACCUGUCCGAGACCCAGGUGAAGGUUUGGUUCCAGAACCGUAGAACAAAGCAGAAGAAGGACCAGGGGAAGGACUCAGAGUUGAGGUCGGUGGUUUCGGAGACGGCUGCCACCUGCAGUGUGCUCAGACUUCUGGAACAAGGUCGCCUUCUGUCCCCUCCUGGUUUGCCUGGAUUAAUUCCUGCUUGUGCCACAGGUGCUUUAAGGGCCCCAAGCAGUUCUGACCAUGGGGCCCCAUCCCACCAUAACGUUAGCAGCACACCGCCUCACCAGUCUGGACUCCACACCUCCCCCACUGGACACAGCAUCUUCAGCAUGCCAAUGCCAUCUCUCCUGGGUUCAGUAGCCAACCGGCUGACAUCUAACCCCCUUACAAUGGCAGGAAACCUCCAGGAACUUUCGGCCCGAUACCUCAGCUCCUCAGCCUUUGAGCCCUACUCCAGGAGCUCCUCCAAAGAGGUUCUAGAGAAGAAGUCUCUGGACUGA